AUUCGACCUACGAUUCUACUGUUUUUCGACUUCAUAUCCACACACCAGAACACGACCUUGCCCUCGAACAACGUACGACGGCCAAGAUUCAACUCAACUCACCUCUCGAUGAGCACACCAAUGCCGCAGAUGGAGGCCGGCGAAGAAACCAACCGGCGCCCAUCUACUCAGGAUCCUCCUGCGGAUGCUGCAAAAGUUGCCAUCUGCACCUUUGCAGAAUUCAAGUCGCUGGCAAGCACACACUGGGACGUGAACGACGCCAAAUUCAAAGACCUAGAGCGACCCCUCGAGCACUUCUACAACGCCGUCACGGACGCUCUCCAAAUCUCUUGUCUUCGCAAAGCCCACAGCGCGAUCAUGCAUGCGUAUCUCGCGCUACCGAACAGCGUCGUGUACCUUGCCAUUGAGAAGCCGGUGCCGUGCAAGAGCUGCGCGCUGAAGUGGAGCGGCAAGGAUAUGGAGGCUUUUGCUGCGCAGCUGCUGGCGUCUGAUGGCGCUAGAGCUGAGCUGGAGCGCAGGCUGCAGGCUCAGCAGCGUCUUGCGGCGAGCUUGGCGGCGGAGAAUCGGACGCUGCUGAAGGAGGGCGAGGUGCAGCAGAAGGAGGCCGAGUUGCAGCAGAAGACCUUUGACGAGCAACAGCGCAGGCUGGAGGGAUCGUUCUCUCAGAAAGUAGAGCAGCGGGUUGAGAAGCGCGUCAAGGAGGAGCAGUCUGCGAUGGCUGAACGCCUUGCCGCAGCGGAGAUCAAGGCUCACAAGCUGGACGCGGCCACGACCAGGCUCCAUGAACUGGAGACCAAGAUCAGCGAAGCGGCCCACGAGAAGGCGGCCUGGACAGCGACCAGAUCGAUGCUGGAGACCGACAUCAAGGCGCUGCAACACAACAACACCGCGCUCCAACAAGGCUACGACCAGCUCCGCACCCAGCAACAAGCCGCCGAGCUCACCGCCCUCGAGCUCUUGCAGCACCUCGCCAGCCUGGCCACAGCACGCGGCCCCGCGCCCCUGCCCCCGCCCGCCACCCCUCCGUGCCCGCCCCCAGCCCCCCAGCCCGUCCUCCCCAACACCACGGAGCCAGAGCGUCUGCACCGCCUCCAGAGCGCUCUCGAGCGCGAGCACGCCCGCGAGCAGGCCGAGCAGCACUCCCUCGCGGCCGAGACCGCAGCCGUCGACGCCGAAAUCGCGCUGCGGCAUGUCGAAUCCGGGCGUCUCGCUGACGCCGCGAAGCAGAAGCUGGAGGCACAUCUGCGCAACACAGCAGCCGGUGGCCCGGGCCAUGGUAACGGGCAGCGAGAUGGCGGCGGGCGCCGGCGCGGACUGGCGGUGGGAUGCGAAGACGGCGAGGACGGCGAGGACUUCCCCGCGCUGCCGGCGACGGGCGGCGCUCGUGGUGGGUCGCUGGCGAGUGUUCGCGUUUCGGCGGCUGAGAAGGGUGGGAAGGGGGGUGCUGGGAAGAAGCUUAAGGGCACGGGAGAGCCGGAGACUUAG